AUGAGUCUCUGGUGGAAUAUUGUGUUCUUAUUGUUUGCUUCACUUGCUUCAGCUCAAGUUUCAAAGAUAUGUGGGCCACCACCGGAGUAUCCCUACACCAGACUAGCCGAGAAGUACACCCAAAGACUGAGGUUCAACAUCGGGGAGAAAGUGUACUUUAACUGCGAUGACGACUUCACUCCGUCCAGAGGCAGCCGUGCUGUGCAGUGUGUUGGUGGAAAAUGGACCAAACUCACACUAAAAUGUGAAAAGAGAUCAUGUGGCAAUGCUGGCGACCUCCCGAAUGGGCUUUUCCAGUAUGAAGGGAAUUCAUUAAUCGGAGAGAAAGUUUAUGCGGUAUGCAACGAUGGAUACACUCUGAAAGGACUCAACUAUAUGAUAUGCAAGAAGUCUGGCUGGACUGGGGAAUUCCCCACUUGUGAAGAGGGAACGGCCACCUGCUCCAGUCCUGCUGUGGCCAACUCUGUGAAGAGUGGCGGAUAUGUUUCUGUGUACCAGGUGGGAGAGACCAUGACCUUCACCUGCAGUCCAGGUUUCCAGCUGGAUGGAGCUCAGCUGGUCACUUGUGGGCCAGACGGCCAGUGGCAACCUAAACCCCCACAGUGCCUGCCCUCCCCUGAUGAAGCUAAACCUGCACCUGACAACAAAGGUAGAUGUGGUGUGCCUGAAAACGCCAACAACGCCGGCCUUGCUGAUAAGUACUUUAUGAUGACAUCAUUUGCUUCUGGUGACAGAGUCCAUUACGUGUGUGACGUUGGAUACAUGCAAGCAGGCGGCAGCAGAUAUCGUACAUGCAACGAAGGAAAAUGGACACGGUUGAUGAUGAGAUGUGAAAUAAGGAUGUGCGGCUCUGCGGGCGAAAUUCUCAAUGGACAGUUUAUGUAUACUGGAGUUGAGUUUGGAGAUGUUGCUACAGCCAUCUGUGAUGAGGGGUAUAUCCUUGUGGGAAAGGACACCAGAAACUGCCUGAGUAACGGCUGGGACGGACGUAUUCCAGUUUGUGAAGCUGUGACAUGUCCAGAGCCUCAAGAAGUGGCAAAUGCACGUAGGGAAGGCCUACAGGAUUCAAGUUACACAUACGGAACUGCGGUUCGCUAUCGGUGUCAAGUGGGAACCCUGACUGGACCAUCCUACAUAUGGUGUACAAGCAAUGGGACAUGGAACUCACCACCUCCAGAGUGCUCCUCCCCCAAAGAAAUAACAUGUCCUGCUCCAAACGUGGCCAAUGCCUACUGGAUGCGAGGUCACCUCAAGAAGUUUCAAUACAGAGACAAUAUAUCAAUUGAGUGUAAGCGUGGUUACAAGAUGAGUGGUCCGAGCACCAUCACAUGUGGUGGUAAUGGGCGAUGGUCACCUGGCCUUCCCUAUUGUCAACGCAUUGCAUCAUACUCAUACUGGCGAAAGUAG